GGUCAUAAACAAUGGCUUGCAGAAGUUCAAUUUCUUGGUGUUGUUAGUCAUCCAAACCUGGUAAAACUUUUGGGAUACUGUUCAGAAGAUGGAGAAAGAGGGAUCCAAAGACUGUUAGUGUAUGAAUUCAUGUCUAAUGGAAGCCUAGAAGAUCAUCUCUUUAGCAGGAGUGCGACUCUUUUGACUUGGAAAACUAGGCUACAGAUUAUCCUUGGUGCAGCUCAAGGAUUGGCUUAUCUACAUGAAGGAUUAGAAGUUCAGGUGAUAUAUCGGGACUUCAAAUCGUCGAACGUGCUAUUGGAUGAAGAAUUUUCUCCUAAACUUUCGGACUUUGGGCUUGCUAGAGAGGGGCCAACUGGUGAUCACACGCAUGUGUCCACUGCAGUGGUUGGGACAUAUGGAUAUGCAGCACCCGAAUAUGUUGUCACAGGACAUCUAACAAUGCAAAGUGAUAUAUGGAGUUUUGGAGUAGUUCUAUAUGAGAUCCUCACAGGCAGGCGAGUUCUCGAACGAAACCGCCCCACGGUGGAGCAAAAGCUACUCGAAUGGGUUAAACAGUUUCCUGCAAACAGCAGAAGGUUCAAGACAAUAAUGGAUCCUCGGCUUCAAAACCAGUAUAACCUGGCUGCAGCUCGAAAAGUUGCCAAUCUAGCCAAUCAAUGUCUCAACAAGACUGCAAGAGAUCGGCCAACGAUGUCGAAAGUCGUCGAAAUCCUGAAACAAGCACUAGAAGAGUCCGAGGAGGAUCGUGUUUGAGGAUUCCUGUUAAUCAUCUGGGUGUUUACUGCAAAAAAACUGAAAUGGUUGAAAUGGUUGAAAUGGUUGUGAGGUAUCACUUUUUUUGUAUGAAAGCUUAGUGGAGCUGCCUCCCCUUUUGACGUUUGCUCUUCAUUCAUCAUCUUUAAGAUUAGAAUAUGAGUGGGAAGAUUAGGCGAUU